GGAUCCCAGAGGCGCCAAAGGGCAUGCUCACCGGUCAUUGCCCUGGCUACGGUUGUGGAUCGGGUUCGAGAUCCUUAACCCAAACCUGGAUCCAAAAACGAUGCAUUUCAAACGAAAAGUAAAGCACCAAAUACGCAGAGAGAGCGAAGCAAUGGCAUGGCAUUAAACAUGAUUGUUGUAGCAGAGAGGGAGGCUUGAAUUGUUUGAUUACUUCGUCGACACCUACGCUUUAUCCCCCUUCUUUCUCUACUCUCUUCGCUCCGAAGUCUUUCUCCUUCUCCCUCUCUUUGGCUGAGGGUGGGGCUACGCCAUGGAUGGCUUUCUCGAGCUUCGUAAUUGGACAAUUCUGAGUCCCUCAUUGUGAAUUCCCCCCCUCAUUUUGGCAAUUUUGUGUUCGGAUUUUUUUUGCCUUGUUUGACAUGGAGGCUUUGAUCGAGCUGUGCGACCUCAUUGCGCAGAAUCCAGCGCAAUUCUCUGAUAAACUGUCGUGGAUAUGCGGCAAAUGCCCGUCCCCCGAAUCCCUCUCGUCGGGAUCUCCUAGGGUUUCCCGUUCUCAACUCCAUGCCAUCCUUGUUGUGGCCCGUUUUUUAUCCAAGUGCUCCGAUUGCAGCGAUCUCCGUCCCAAGUCUGUCGUUCUUGAGUUUCUACGGUCAAUUCCUCAUUCUUUCGACCAAUCAUUUUGGCCGCAAUCGUUUAAUGGUAAUUCCAUUGCAAGUUUCUUUGUGGAUUUCUUAAGUUACGUGAUGAAAGCGACUGAAUUGUCGCCAGAGUUUGCUGACGACGUCGCUGAGUUCUCAGGAGAAGUAAUCAUAUCGGCGAUUGGCCGGGGGGGUGAACUAUCGGGUAUUGCUAAGGCUUUUUUGGUCGCUUUGUCGCAAAACUUUCUUCCCAUUUCCGCUCCGGAUGCGAAUAAACUGGUUACUUGUCUUAUUGAUCAGUUUGCUUUCCCGAUCCCCGUCACGGGGGCGCCAAUGGAACAUAUUGGGGUGAACUCGGAGAGUUCUUCGUCCCAGAGCUCUCCUCUGAAUGGAAACCACCAUUCUCAACCCAAUUCUAUUGCAAGCCCGGGGAAUUCUACUAGCAGUGCAGCUUCUAAAGCUGCAGAUGAUGCUAGCACUGCCUCGUCAAGAGCGUCAGUGAUGAAUGGGGACCGCAAUUUGUGGUUAAGUAGUGCCGAUCAGUUGACCGUGAACUUGGGUUUACACGAUGGUGGUGUCAGUGGCACUUCGUCAGGACUGCAAGUUGCCUCCUUCGAGGAAGAGUCUGUGGGGAGCUUGGAGAAACAAGAAAUAGCCUUUAAAUUGAUAGGGCACAUACUGGAUAAGGUCCAAAUUGAUCCAGGGCUUUUGGAGCAGGUUGGGUUAGUUGCAAAGAAGCAGAUUCAGUCCAUGACCGUUUUCCUAAGGAUAAGGAAGAGGGAAUGGAAUGAGCAAGGGUCACUUCUAAAAGCCAGAAUCAAUACCAAAUUAUCAGUCUAUCAAGCUGCUGUAAAACUGAAAACCAAGAGUCUCUCAUUACUGGAUGCUGAUGGGAAAUCUGUCAAGAGAUUAGUUUAUGGGGCAGUUGCGUUAUUGAUUGAUGCUGCUGAGGCAUGCUUACUCUCUGUGUGGCGGAAAUUGAAAACUUGUGAAGAGCUCUUUGGUUCCUUGCUUCUGGGUGUAGCAGAAAUUGCUAUUGCCAGGGGAGGUCAGCCAUUGCGUAUCUUGCUCAUUCGUUUAAAACCAAUUGUUCUGACUGUUUGCGCACAGGCUGAUACAUGGAGUGGCAGCCAAGGGGCCAUGUUUGAGAGUGUCACCAAGGCAAGUGGUCAGAUAAUUGAAUCUUGCUGGUUGAAGGAACGGGCGCCUGUAGACACAUACAUCAUGGGAUUAGCUGCAAGCAUCCGUGAACGAAGUGAUUAUGAGGAACAGGAAACCAGGGAGAAACCUGCAGUUCCUUCUGUACAGCUUAAUGGUAUACGCCUGCUUGCUGAUCUGACUGUUGCAGCCAGCAAGUCUGAACUGGUAGACAUGAUAUUGCCUCUUUUUAUUGAAAACUUAGAAGAGGGUGACGCUUCAACUCCCAGUUUAUUGAGACUUCAACUUCUUGAUGCUGUGUCUCGAAUGGCAAGCUUAGGUUUUGAGAAGUCUUACCGAGAAACAGUUGUUCUGAUGACUAGGAGUUAUUUAAGUAAACUUUCCAGUGUUGGAUCAGCUGAGAGCAAAACAGAAGCAUCUGAGGCCACAACAGAGCGUGUUGAAACUCUUCCUGCAGGAUUUCUUCUCAUUGCUAGGGGUCUCAGUGAUACUAGGUUGCGUUCAGAUUAUCGUCAUCGAUUGCUCUCCUUGUGUUCAGAUGUUGGUUUGGCUGCUGAGUCCAAAAGCGGAAGGAGUGGAGCAGAUUUUCUGGGUCCCCUGCUUCCAGCAGUUGCUGAGAUAUGUUCUGAUUUUGAUCCUACAUUAAAUGUGGAACCAUCACUUUUGAAGUUGUUUCGAAAUCUAUGGUUUUAUGUUGCUCUUUUUGGCUUAGCACCUCCGAUACAGAAAAUUCAGCUGCCUUCCACAAAAACUGUUUCCAAUACCCUUAACAGUUUGGGAAGCAUGGGUGCUCUUGCUCUGCAGGCUGUAGGCGGACCAUAUAUGUGGAAUAUAGAGUGGUCUUCUGCUGUUCAGCGUAUUGCUCAAGGGACUCCUCCACUAGUUGUUAGCACUGUGAAAUGGCUUGAGGAUGAAUUUGAACUGAAUGCCCUGCACAACCCUGGAAGUGGCAAUGAGAAAGCUGCUCUUGCUCAGAGAGCUGCCCUUUCUGGAGCUUUAGGGGGGCGGGUUGAUGUUGCAGCAAUGACCACAAUCUCAGGAGUGAAGGCUACCUAUCUUCUUGCUGUAGCUUUUCUGGAGAUAAUCCGCUUCAGCAGCAAUGGUGGUAUCCUAAAUGGUGGCAGCGCUAUGACUGCUUCUAGAAGUGCCUUUACAUGUGUCUUUGAAUAUCUUAAGACUCCAAAUCUAAUGCCUGCUGUCUUCCAGUGUUUAAUAGCAAUUGUCCACAGGGCUUUUGAGACUGCUGUUGCAUGGCUGGAAGAUCGAGUAUCUGAAACGGGCCAUGAAGCUGAUGCCAGGGACUCAGCCCUUACUGUCCAUACUUGUUUUCUAAUCAAAAGUCUGUCCCUGCGGGAGGAGCCUAUUCGAGAUAUUGCUGUGAACUUGUUGACUCAACUUAGGGAUAAGUUUCCACAGGUCUUAUGGGAUUCAUCCUGUGUAGAUUCAUUGCUAUUUUCAUUUUAUAACGACUCUUCAUCUGCUGUCAUCAAUGAUCCUGCUUGGACAAUGACAGUCCGUUCCUUGUAUCAAAGAAUUGUUCGAGAGUGGAUCAUUAAAUCACUUUCAAGUGCUCCUUGCACUAGCCAGGGCCUUCUUCAGGAUAAACUUUGCAAGGCAAACAACUGGCAAAGGGCACAGCCCACUACUGAUGUUGUUUCACUUUUGUCUGAGAUACGGAUUGGCACUGGGAAGAAUGACUGUUGGACAGGCAUACAAACAGCAAAUAUACCGGCAGUCAUGGCUGCUGCGGCUGCAGCUUCAGGAGCAAACUUAAAACUGUCAGAAGCCUUUAAUUUAGAAGUUCUCAGUACUGGCGUAGUGAGUGCAACAGCUAAGUGCAACCAUGCUGGAGAAAUUGCUGGCAUGAGAAGGUUGUAUAACAGCAUUGGCGGUUUUCAAAGCAGUACUGCACCAACUGGUUUUGGGCUUGGUGGGCUUCAAAGAAUUAUAUCUGGAGCUUUUCCUCAACAGCCACGGGCUGAAGAUGAUGCAUUUAAUGCAAUGCUGCUUAAUAAGUUUGUACGUUUGCUUCAACACUUUGUUAACAUAGCAGAAAAAGGUGGGGAGGUCGAUAAGUCUCAAUUUCGCGAGACUUGUUCUCAGGCUAUUGCACUUCUUUUGUCAAAUUUGGGUUCUGAAUCUAAAUCAAAUGUAGAGGGCUUCUCGCAACUUCUGCGCCUUCUUUGUUGGUGUCCUGCUUAUAUUUCUACUCCUGAUGCAAUGGAAACUGGUGUUUUCAUAUGGACAUGGUUGGUUUCAGCUGCCCCUCAACUUGGGGCUCUUGUCCUUGCUGAGCUUAUUGAUGCUUGGUUAUGGACAAUUGACACCAAACGGGGUCUUUUUGCAUCUGAAGCAAGGUUUGCUGGGCCGGCUGCAAAACUGAGGCCUCAUCUUUACCCUGGGGAUCCUGAAGUGCAGCCUGAGAUUGAUCCUGUUGAGCAGAUAAUUGCUCAUCGACUAUGGCUUGGAUUUCUUAUUGAUCGCUUUGAGGUAAUUCGGCACCAAAGUGUGGAGCAACUCCUACUUCUGGGUCGGAUGUUACAGGGGACAAUAAAAAAUUACUCAAUCUUUACUCGCCACCCUGCAGCCACUGGUACCUUUUUUACUUUCAUGCUCCUAGGUCUCAAGUUUUGCUCUUGCAAGUUCCAGAGCAAUCUACAUAACUUUCAACUUGGGAUUCAGCUGCUGGAAGAUCGGGUUUAUCGAGCCUCUUUGGGUUGGUUUGCAUAUGAGCCUGAAUGGUAUGACUCAAAUUAUGCAAAUUUUGCACAGAGUGAGGCCCAGUCUGUUUCUCUAUUUGUUCACCACCUUUCAAAUGAGAGAGAUGUUAUCCAGAAUGGUUCAAAAGGAAGUGGACAAGAAAAUGGAAGCAAUUUGGUGGAUGCGAAUAAUCAAGAUCAUCCUGUUUGGGGUCAAAUGGAUAACUAUGCUGUAGGGAGAGAAAAAUGCAGACAGCUACUUUUAAUGCUUUGUCAACAUGAGGCAGAUAGGCUUGAGGUCUGGGCACAGCCAACAAACACAAAGGAUUCUGGUGUGCGACCCAAGAUUAGCUCAGACAAAUGGAUAGAAUACGCUAGGACUGCCUUCUCUGUGGAUCCUAGAAUUGCAUUAUCCUUGGCCUCGAGGUUUCCAACCAAUGCUUUGUUGAAGUCUGAAGUAACUCAGCUGAUUCAGGAACAUAUAUUGGAUAUGCGCAACAUACCAGAAGCAUUACCUUACUUUAUCACCCCUAAGGCCAUUGACGAUAAUUCAGUGCUUCUGCAACAAUUACCUCAUUGGGCUGCUUGUUCAAUCACCCAAGCUCUAGAAUUCCUUACUCCUGCAUACAAGGGGCAUCCCCGUGUCAUGGCAUAUGUUCUAAGGGUUUUAGAGUCCUAUCCACCUGAGCGAGUAACCUUUUUUAUGCCACAGCUGGUGCAGUCCUUGCGAUUUGAUGACGGGAAAUUAGUUGAGGGAUAUCUCCUCAGAGCUGCUCAAAGGAGUGACAUAUUUGCCCAUAUUCUAAUCUGGCAUUUGCAGGGUGAGACUGUUCCGGAGCCAGGAAAAGAUCCUACCAUGGCAAAGAAUGCUUCGUUUCUAGCACUGCUUCCAGCUGUAAGGCAGCGGAUCGUUGAUGAUUUUAGUCCAAAGGCACGUGACAUCUUUAACAGAGAAUUUGAUUUUUUUGACAAAGUUACAUCCAUCUCUGGAGUACUCUUUUCACUGCCCAAGGAUGAACGUCGUGCUGGCAUCCGAAAGGAGUUGGAGAAAAUUGAAGUAACUGGUGAAGACCUUUAUUUACCGACAGCUCCCAACAAGCUUGUUAGGGGUAUUCAAGUAGAUAGUGGAAUUCCCUUACAGUCAGCUGCAAAAGUCCCUAUUAUGAUCACAUUUAAUGUAAUAGACCGAGAUGGGGACGAAAAUGAUAUAAAACCACAAGCUUGCAUUUUCAAGGUUGGAGAUGACUGUCGACAAGACGUUCUUGCCCUUCAAGUAAUAUCACUUCUCAGAGAUAUAUUUGGGGCUGUUGGGCUAAAUCUGUACUUAUUUCCUUAUGGUGUUCUUCCUACAGGUCCUGAGAGGGGUAUAAUUGAGGUCGUGCCCAAUACCCGAAGUAGAAGUCAGAUGGGGGAAACAACUGAUGGUGGUUUGUACGAGAUAUUUCAACAAGAUUAUGGGCCUGUUGGCUCUCCCGGUUUUGAAGCUGCACGUGAGAACUUCAUCAUUAGCAGUGCAGGUUAUGCUGUUGCCAGUCUUCUGCUUCAACCAAAGGAUAGGCACAAUGGGAACCUGCUCUUUGACAACGUGGGGAGGCUUGUUCAUAUUGACUUUGGUUUCAUUCUGGAAACUUCUCCUGGUGGUAAUAUGCGGUUUGAAAGUGCACAUUUUAAGUUGAGCCAUGAGAUGACACAAUUACUAGAUCCAUCUGGGGUUAUGAAAAGUGAUACAUGGAACCAAUUUUUGAGUCUCUGUGUAAAGGGGUACCUAGCUGCUCGACGUCAUAUGGAUGGAAUCAUCACUACAGUGGCAUUAAUGCUCGACAGUGGACUACCUUGCUUCAGCCGGGGCGAUCCAAUCGGCAAUCUUCGGAAGAGAUUUCAUCCUGAGAUGAGCGAUCGAGAGGCGGCCAAUUUCAUGAUCCAUGUUUGUUCAGAUGCUUACAACAAGUGGACAACUGCUGGCUAUGAUUUGAUACAGUAUCUGCAGCAAGGCAUUGAGAAGUAAGAGAAUCAACGGCAGAGUUGAUCUAACAUGUACAUGGUUGCUUGUAAUGUUAACUGUCAUUGUUUUCUUAUAGCUAUGAUUUUUUCGAGGAAUUUCCACGCCUAUGGUAAUUUAAGAGUGAAUGGUAAAGGCAGACGAAGAAUUUGAAGUUUUGUAAUUUAGUGGAUGUUCCUCGUGAUGUAAAGAUACUUUUGUAAUCUUGUUUAAUGGUAAAUACAGUUUAUUGCAUUGAUGUGAACAA